GACUAUAGAGGAAUAGUUAAAGAUGUUAUAUGAACUAGGCUACUAGCUCUUGGCUUUAUUCAAUUUGCUUUUAAUGACAUAUGUUGGUCUCACUUUUCAUUUGGUGCUUGUGUUCUUUUCUUUCAAUAUAGGAUAGACAAAGUUGAAAUUCUUUGACCAAAGAAGAAAGAUGGGUAUUGGGUUUGCAUCUUGGAGCCUCUUCCUUCGUCUCUUAAUCGUUCUGUUUGUUCAUGGAAUUGGGGCAAGGGAGUUGACCAAAACUCACCAAGAAGAGCUUAUAGAUCAUAAUCAUAUGAAUGGUGAUGUUCCUAGCAUGGACAGUGAUAGCAAGGAACAUGAUGAUGUCCAUAUAAUAUUAUAUGAUUCCCAAAAACAACAUGUCAUGAAUGAUCAAUCUAAGCAAGAACAUGUGCAUACUCAUCAUUCAUCCCACAUGGAUCAUAUGGACACUUCCUCAAUGAUCUUCUUCACUGUGAAGGAUCUAAAGGUAGGAAAAAAAUUGCCCAUCUAUUUCCCUAAGAGAGAUCCUUCAACUUCUCCUCAUUUAUUGCCAAGAGAAGAAGCUGACCCAAUUCCCUUCUCAUCAAAACAACUCCCAUACCUUCUUGAAUUCUUCUCUUUCUCUUCUGACUCUCACCAAGCCAAAGCCAUGAAAGAUACACUCAAAGAAUGUGAGACUAAGCCCCUCAAAGGAGAGACCAAGUUCUGUGCAACUUCCUUAGAAUCCAUGCUUGAUUUUACACGUGGCAUAAUGGGGUUGGAGUACUCUCCUUUCCAAGUUCUAAGUACCUCCCACCUCACUAAGUCAACCACCCUUUAUCAAAACUACACUUUCCUAAAGAUGCCUGAGGAAAUUCCAGCUCCCAAGAUGGUAGCAUGUCAUACCAUGCCUUAUCCUUAUACCAUUUUCUAUUGCCAUAGCCAACACAGUGAGAACAAGGUGUUUAAGGUAACACUUGGUGGUGAGAAUGGUGAUUUGGUGGAGGCUAUAGCUGUUUGUCACAUGGAUACCUCUCAAUGGAGCCCUGAUCAUGUGUCAUUUCGUGUGCUUGGGGUUCAGCCAGGGACCUCCAGCGUGUGCCAUUUCUUCCCAGCAGAUAAUUUUGUAUGGGUCCCGAAACCUGUGUCAAUUUAGAAGUCUAAUAGCAAAGUGAUGAUGUUUUAUCUGGUCCUGAUGCUACUGUGGCGCAUGAAUACAUGAGCCUAGUAUAGUGUUAAAUAAAUGUAGACCAGCGUUGUUUCUUGUGAUUGUGGUUUUAUGGUUUGUAGUUUAUCAGUGAAGAAAGUAGUUUUUCUGUGUAACAA